UGUGAUGUAUCCUCCCAGAUCAAAACUAACAACCUCACAGAUCAUGUAAAUAACCAUAUACGUGUUGUGUUUGUGGAAAAGGUGUUUUGUUAGUUAACAAUUUCCAAUUUAAAUAAUUUAAAUAUAACUCUAAUAUAGCGCACCGCCUCUUAAUUGUCUCUUAAAUUAAUAAAAAUGGAAGGAUCAUUAUUGGAACCUAAUUUAUAUACAGUAAAGGGAAUUGCUAUUUUGGAUAAUGACGGUAAUCGAAUUUUGGCCAAAUAUUAUGAUAAAAACGUAUUUUCGACACCCAAGGAGCAAAGGACUUUUGAAAAAAAUCUCUUUAACAAAACGCAUAGGGCGAACGCAGAAAUCAUCAUGUUGGACGGUCUCACGUGCGUUUAUAAAAGCAACGUGGACCUAUUCUUUUACGUUAUGGGCAGCUCGAAUGAAAACGAGUUAAUUUUGAUGAGCGUACUAAAUUGUUUGUACGAUUCAGUGAGUCAGAUUUUAAGGAAAAAUGUAGAGAAAAGGGCCGUGUUGGAAUCUUUGGAUAUUGUCAUGCUCGCCAUGGACGAAAUUUGCGACGGAGGGAUUAUAAUUGAUGCCGAUUCGAGUUCGGUAGUCUCGAGGGUAGCAUUGAGAAAUGAUGACAUCCCCAUUGGCGAGCAAACUGUUGCUCAGGUCUUGCAAUCUGCAAAAGAACAACUCAAGUGGUCUUUGCUAAAAUAGUGAGUUGAUCUGUUACCUACGACUAUGAAAUUUUAUUGUCAGUUAAUGAAUUUAUUUAAAUAAAGUUAAAAGCCGUAUUAUGGGGGGCAUUUUGGAAUUUUCGCAGAAAGGCUUUAAUACAGAAUA